AUGAUGAAGACUGAACCCUCGUCCGCAAAGACGGCCAACCCCACCGCGCUCCGUAGCCCGUCGCCUCACCGCAACGCCUACGAGGCGAGCAUCCAGGCGCUGAAGCCGGCGGCCAACGACAUCCUGAGCAACGCCGCCAACGGAGAUGCCCAGGAUGGGAAGCCCAGGCAAUCGAGCCGCGGCCGCACGUACGGCUCUAACGUGCACCGCAUCAAAAACAUGUUCAUGCAGAUGGGAGCCUCCUCGCCGACGGAGGGGGAGGAUCCGGGCAAAGCAAGUGAGAGCGAUAAGCCCGUGCGCCUCACCCUCCCCCGCGCCGGGAGCUUGAACGAAAACGUGGACCACAGCGCGCUGCUGAAACUGGGAGCCACCGUCUCCGAGCGGGUGAACAAGUUCGACCCAAAAGCGGAAGGCAGUAACGGCCAACAACGAGGCGUUGUCUCCCCCUCAUCCUCUGCAUCCUCCAGCUUCUCCAAGCUGCAGGAGACGCGUAAGAUCUUUGAGCAGACUCAGCAACAGGAGAGGCAAGGCGUCACGGGCCGUGUUCUGCUGAAAAAAGAGCGGGUCGCUGGCAUCCAGGACGGGCGGCUGGACGUGGUAGCCCGGUUCAACGGCAGCACAGAGUCACUGGACAGUCUCGACGCGGUGGGUGGUGCCACCGAGGCCGUCUCGCCUACCGUGAGCCAGCUGAGCGCGGUGUUCGAACGGGCAGCCGAGCUGCGGAACAACCUGCACCGCCUGUCAAACACGCCGCCGUUGCCGUCGCGGGGCGUCACCGCCAAACCUGGCACACUCAACUCCAAAAUAAUUGCCAAACGUGCCCGGGGCUUUCCCGCGGGGUCCAAUCGAGAAGACGCAUCAAAUCAAAAUCAGAACCAACGGCAACAGGAUGGAACCAAGAACCAAGGCUCCCUCACGACCGACGGGUUCUCAUCAGCUGCAGAUGGACACCCGAGGGCUGCUGAGUGGGCCGAGAACGGCACAGGUGUGGCAGGAUCGCCACCAGAGGCCAACGCACAGCAGGCGGCCAGCGAGGUAACCAGGGCAAGCCGGGGUGUGCACAGCAGCCCCAUAGAGAACGGCAAGGAGACAUUUGACAGGAACGGUGCCCAUGAGGGAGAAGACGGGGAGGUUACGGGAAGGGCAGCAGGGGGCUGGAGGCGAGGAGGAGACGGAGAAGAGCAGCAGAAGGAGGGAAAUCAGCUGGAUAUCAGCACCUACAGUGCCGCCGGCGAGGAGUCAGCCGGCAGCCAGGAGGAAGAGGAGGAGGAGGAAGAUGAGGCCUACGAGCCUGAGUCCAGCUGCACGGAGAUCACAGGCCUUCCCCCAGAGGACGAAACGCCCCCCAGCCGCAAGAUUCGCUUCAGCACCGGCCCCAUCAAGGUGUUCAGCACGUACUCUAAUGAGGACUACGAUCGACGUAAUGAAGACGUGGAUCCCAUGGCCGCCUCUGCUGAGUACGAACUGGAGAAACGAGUGGAGAGGCUCGACCUGUUCCCCGCCGAACUGGAAAAAGACAGCGACGGCCUAGGCAUCAGCAUCAUCGGGAUGGGGGCUGGAGCGGACAUGGGCCUGGAGAAGCUGGGCAUCUUCGUCAAGACCGUCACCGAGGGAGGGGCUGCCCAUCGCGACGGACGUAUCCAGGUGAAUGACCUGAUAGUGGAGGUGGAUGGCACCAGUCUGGUGGGCGUCACUCAGGCCUUUGCUGCCUCCGUCUUACGGAACACCACGGGAACUGUCAGGUUUCUGAUUGGUCGAGAGAAGCCGGGGGAGCAGAGCGAGGUGGCCCAGCUGAUCCAGCAGACGCUGGAGCAGGAGCGCUGGCAGAGGGAGAUGAUGGAGCAGCGCUACGCAAACUACAUGGGGGAGGAGGACGAGGCUGGUGACUAUGGCACUGACGAAGAGGAGGAUGAGGAAGAGGGGGAGAUGGGCGACAUGUACCCUGGUGCUAUCGAGGUCUUCGACCUGGCUGAGAAUGAGGACAUGCUCUCUCCCCUGGAGAUGGACCCUGAGAAGCUGGCUCACAAGUAUAAAGAGCUCCAGAUCAAGCAUGCCGUGACACAGGCAGAGAUUCAGCAGCUCAAGAGGAAGUUGGCCCACGCUGACCAGGACAAGCAGCGUUGGCGCGGCGAGAAGGCCCACCUGGAGCGGAACCUGGCGGACAACCGCGACCGCAUGGAGAAGCUGGAGGGCUACUGGAUGGAGGCGCAGUCGCUGUGCCAGGCCGUGGACGAACACCUGAAGGAGACGCAGGCCCAGUACCAGGCCCUGGAGCGCAAGUACAGCAAGGCCAAACGACUCAUCAAGGAGUACCAGCAGAAGGAGAUUGAGUUCUUGAAGAAGGAGACGGGCCAGCAGCCAGAAGGGGAGGAGGCAGAGACCUCACACACUGAAGAGGCGGAGCAGCCUCAGGACACGGUGCCUGAUGGUCCUCAGUCCUCAGAGGAGGCCAAGCCAGAGGAAUCCUAAAGGGUGGCUAUCCGU